AUGUCGCUCACAAGCUCCAGCCCCGUGACCUGUGCGCAAUCCGCCUCGCUGGCCUCACACACUCUGUCAAUCCUACCCUUGUCGGCACGCAACGACGCCCUAACAGCCAUCCACGGGGCCUUGGUGCAGCACAAAUCCAAAAUCCUCGAGGCCAACGCCCGCGACAUGGCGGCCGCGCAACAGGCAUCCUCACAAGGGGAAUUGAGCCAGUCAGUGCUAAAACGACUCGAUUUGGGGAGGAAGGGCAAGUACGACGACAUGCUGAAGGGGAUCCUGGACGUGCGGGACCUUCCCGACCCGAUCGGCGUGGUGGAUUUGCGCACGAAACUCGACCAAGGUCUAGAGCUGGAGAGGGUGUCGUGUCCGAUAGGCGUGCUGCUCAUCAUCUUCGAGGCUAGACCGGAGGUCAUUGCCAAUAUUUCUGCACUCGCCAUCAAAUCGGGAAAUGCGGCCAUCCUCAAAGGCGGCAAGGAGAGCAGCGCGAGUUUCGAGGCUAUUGCCACCGUUAUCGGCGAGGCGCUAGCAAAUACUCAGGUCCCUGUGGCGGCGAUCCAGUUGGUCAAGACCAGAGAUGUCAUUGACGAGUUACUGGCGCUGGAUCGAUACAUUGACCUCGUCAUCCCCCGGGGCGGCAAUGAUCUGGUCAGGUAUGUGAAGGAUCACACAAAGAUCCCCGUCCUGGGCCAUGCCGACGGCCUGUGUUCCGUGUACCUGCACAAGGACGCAGAUCAGGACGUGGCCGUCAAGGUCGUGGUGGACGCCAAAUGCGAUUACCCGGCGGCGUGCAAUUCGGCAGAGACGCUUCUCGUGCACGAGGCCGUGUUGAAGACGGUGCUGCCCCAUGUAGCGGAAGAGCUUCUGAGAAAGGGCGUGAGGCUACGGUGUGACGAACAGAGUAAGAAAGUUCUAACAGAGGUGCUGAGUCCCGCCAACGCGGCCUUGCUGCAAGACGCAACCGAGACGGAUUUCUCAACCGAGUUUCUCGACCUGAUCAUGGCCGUCAAGACGGUCCCAGCAGGGACUCCGUCUUCAAACGGUCGCACCAGCAGCGACACAUUAUUACCCAACGGACAACACUCAUCCUCAACCGGCGACGAUGCUCAAGACGAAGCAAACGACCCAUCCCUCCUCCGGGCCAUCGCGCACAUCAACACCCAUUCGUCGCACCACACCGACGCCAUCAUCACUUCCUCUCCGGCCGUGGCCGAGAAGUUCAUGUCCGCCGUCGACUCGGCGGGGGUGUACUGGAACGCCUCGACCCGGUUCGCCGACGGCAUGAGGUACGGCUUUGGCACCGAGGUCGGGAUUUCCACAAACAAGAUCCACUCGAGAGGUCCGGUCGGACUAGAGGGUUUGACCAUCUACAAGUACAAGAUCAGGGGGAAGGGUCAGGGGGCUGGGGAGUAUGGGGAGGGGGAAGGGCAGAGGAGGUUUUUGCAUGAGAGGAUCGAGAUAUGA